CCGGACCCUGUCUCCCCCUGCCCCAGUCUCUUCCGGACUUGGGCUCUGUUUUGUUAAUUACAUAGCAGAAUUCUACUGUUCUCGAAGCACAAUUUUUGCGCUGCUCUCUUCUUGUUUAAAAUCUAACUAUGGAAUUAUGGGUCUAUAAUAUAUUGAACGUCCUAAUUUUUAGUAUCCCGGUAUUUAUUUUUCAUUACUGCUCAGGUUUAGCUUCGCCAUGCGGCGCGUGCAACAGCGGCUCAGAGAAGACUGGAGUGGAGUUCGAGGCGUUGGCCCAGAACUGCAGUAGAAAACUUGCAAUCAGAAUGUCACACAAUCCUCGUCUCUCCAAGAUCGACGUGGAUGCUUUCAAAGACGUUGGGAUUUGCUCGCUGGACUUGAGCUACAACGUGCUGUCGUCUCUGGAUGAGAAGCUCACGCACUGGGAGUCGCUCGACGCGGCAGACCUACAGGGUAACCCCUGGGACUGUACCUGCCCCCUGCAGUGGGUCCUAGACAGGCUGGUGCCCCACCUUUACAGAACGAGGCAGGACCUCCUUUACGAGUUGAGGUGCGACGUACCCAUCCAAUUUCGGAACAAACGGCUGGUUCACUUCUACAAGUGGAAGAAGGCGGCCUUUUGUAGCCAGACGGAGCAAUUACGGGCUGUCCCUGAAUCAGACAACGUAGAAGUGACUUUCGGCCUAUCAGACGCCAUGAUCUACGUCACGGCAGGACUGACGACGCUCGUCGCCAUUAUGGUGGUAGCAGGCAUUGUCCUGCAGAGACGUUUCGACAGCAGACGCAGAGCGCGGAACAGGAGGAUGUGAUGGACACCGAGUCCACGUGGCGCCAUCUCCGUUCCAUUAACAGACGUACUGACGUAACUCACUUGCGCCAGGUUUUCUUCGUGAGCUCCAAGUCUUUUUCAGAUGUUUUAAUAAUUUCUUUCUCGAGUUGUCGACGCUUAUUCAGACGUUGAAACAAUUCGCUGGUACAAGCUUUAAAAAUAAAUUUAUCAGAUUUGGAAGUUUCAUUCCAAAUGACUGAAUGAAACGUAGUUUUGUCGGUUUCCGUCGUGUCAGUACGGCAGGAAUAAACAAGGUCACGGACACUGUCUCUAUUUAUUCUAUCAGAAAUUGAUAUACUCCGUUAUCGGACAAAGCCGUGUAACUUGUGCAGAAAUUUUCCAACGAAAAGUUCACCUCAAUCUCUGAUGACAGACGAAUUCUCUUAUUUUCUGUAAGUCUUUUAAAUCCCUGAUUAAAUAACUUUCGACAAA